AUGUUCUUGCCCCCGAGCUCGUCCGCGUCCCCACGGCAACAACAGCCGCCACGUGAAUGCACAUGCGCAGCCGAUACUGAUUCCGACUGCAGCGUCGCUAGUGACGUGACCAGUGACAAGCACGUGCCGCGUUCGUCCAGUUUUUCCACUGCGUUCCAGGCAUUAGGCGCAGAAUGGGCGACCUCCCUGUCGCCGCUGGACCUCGGUCCCGACUCGUUGCAAGCGUCUCGAGCUCUUCACAAUGCUGAAGCGCUACGACAAGCACCGGUUCUGGACAACGUCUUCUGCAGCUGCUACGACGUGGACACCGUGCUAAGUACGGUCCAACGGCGAGAAGACGGUCGCUUUUUUUCGCCGGUGCAGAAGCUCCUGCUGGAACCCCAGUCGAUUCAACAGGUUUUCACUUACGCCACGUCAAGUUGUGACGAGGAUGUGGCGCUUUUUUCAAGUGCGGAGGAAAAGGAGCAACAACGAGGAGGUCGAGAUCGAAGAGCUGACGACGAGGGAGAAGCUUAUCGUCGGGCCUUUGUGGCCACGGAGAUUAUCCUUGGCUUUUACCGAAAAGCUGUGGCGUGGUAUGGAGAGCCUAAACGUGAUUGCAGCGCACAGAAGACUGAUACGGACGUGGAAGCAGGCGAGAAGUACGAGUCUGUUUGGCGACCAGAGAGUGUGGACUCGACAGAACUCGCUAUGUUCUCAUCGCGACCACCGCCAAGUACUGCAGCCACGUCGAUCGACUUUCGUAGUAAUUCGUCGACGAGGAAACUGGCGAGACUCCACCGAUUACGAGCGAGUAUGAGGUUUGAAAGCUCGGGAAGCAGCGUCUCGGAGUUUAGUGUCAAUGGUGACGAGGAUGAGAGUUUGCUGGAAGAUCCGAGUGCACGUGGAUAUGUGCUGCGGAUCGAAGAUUUGACCGCAAAUGAGUGGAAAAAGGUUUUUGGAGGCCUGUUUCAGUUUCUGCGGCCGAAACUGAAAAGUGAUGGCGAGGACGAUGCAGAACGUUGCAGUGAGAAUGAGGACGUGGAAGUUGACGGGGUAUUGGUGGCCAACCUGUGCAGAAUUGUCAAGAAUUUCGUCGUUUUUCCCGCAGUGCACAGGCUAAUCUGUGACGAGGACGAUGUUGACGAGAAAGAGUGGCUGCUGUCGUAUUUAGCAGCUCAUGUGUACGACCCGAAUAUUGCCUCGUUGUUGCACGGAUUGAUUCACCUUUCAGUCCGUCGAGGGUUGGACUAUUUUCCGAUUAUUUGCUGUUUGGUGGAGCAGAUUGUGGAGCAAGUACCAACUCGAAUAAGCAGGUCGCUAUCUUGUGUGUCAUCCACAUCAACGGUCUCAUCCACACCAUCAGCAUCUCCUCGACUUUCAUUACGUGGAUCGCCAACUGUACCGUCGGUUUCGUUUUUUUCGUCCAAGACAGCACUGCGAUCUCCGGUGUUGUUCACUCCGAACACAGCGUCUAUAGCUCAUUUAAGAAUCAGCGGAAGUGUGGAAAUUUUGUCGAAGAUUCUGAAUGACGAGUUUCCAAAUACCUUUCGGUAUUACAUCAAAACGAAAGUCCAGCUCGCGUCAUUUGAGAGUGUUCAGCCGUUCGAACGAGAGCUUUUCCCAACGCGGACAACUCCAAGUGAUCCUGCCGUGCACGUAAAAUUGAAAAAUGCUAUUUUAUCCUCUUUGACGGAAAACGCAACCGUUCUUGCUCGACUGGCCAAACUAGGAAUGGCCGAACUACGCUUUUUGGAUGCACAUUGCGUGAAUGGAGCACAUAUUCCAAAGGUCCUCGUCAUUGACAUUCUGCGUCAUGCUAUUGAGUUUUCCAUGCACAAUCCUGAGCAGCAGGAACUGUUUGUAGCUCCGGUUCAUCUUGUUCUGGACACAGUUUGUGCGUUGAUCAAUUACCAUCAGCAUCUAUCUACGAUCUCCGAAUUCGCUGCACGUGACUGUUUCAGCGACAGUGACUCGGAUGACGAAGACGAAGACGCAGCAGAUGAAGCAAAUUUUGCUCCUUUUGCUCAUCUUAUUGAAAAGGAUGGCCCGAGUAAGCUUUCACAAUGUGACGUGCUGCCGGCUCGAAGUGCGCUGUAUACUGGAUCAGUGCCACCGGUGUUUAGCUCUUCACUAAAUUCCGGGAAAGCUGUUGUGAACGUCCGGCCAUUGGCAUCGACGUUGCUUGUGAUGCACGUCGUCGACUUACUGGAUGUCGUCAUUUUGAUGUCAAACGACCGCAUCGACAGCCGGUUGGCUCGAUUAGAUCUCGCGACGUCGUUGAUGGAUGUCUUCGAAAAGUUUCCUACAGCCAGCAUUCUGCAUUGCCGGCUCGUGAAUUUGUACUUAAACCUUUUGAAUCGGUCAUUCACAAACGAGCGUUUAAACAACCCGCUAUUGCGGAGCGUUUUUCGUUCCCCUGAUUCAAUUUUGGAGUACAUCUUGCACAACCUGGACACGAACACUUUGUCCCACGUAUACGACGCGCAUCUAGCGAUCAUUGGAGUGAAGAUCGCAACAAUUUGCAGCUCGCCCGCGCUUCAGCAGGAAUUCAUAUGUCAGUUUUGCAACAACGUAAAGGGCUGGAAUUCUUUUGCUUCGUCACUCGUCGCUACGCAUUACCAACAAAUGGAUGCAUUGGAUGAUUUGCUGCUCGAUUCACAGCUAGUUACUUCUGGCACCCGAAAAGGGGUCGUAAAAGAUAACGCAGAUACGGGCUUCCUGCUUGCUCGUCCGUCUUCCUCUGCGAGUGAGUAUCUGUCAAGAGAAUUAGAACCGUUUCGUCGUCUUCCAAUGGAAAAAGAAGGCAUUGGGGCGUCUCAUAACGUCGCACGCGGCAAUGAAAUGGUGCAUCCGAGUGAUAAGUUUCAAAGUCGGUCGCAGAGUAAAUUUCCGCGAUCAAUUGUUGACAUUCUGCAGUCAGACGAUUCGACAUCGUUUGGUGUUGAAGAAGGUGAUGUUUUUAUGAGCGGGUAUGCUUAUCAAAAGUGCUCAAAAUGGGCCAAGGUGCACCUGAGUUUCGACAAGUCGAAAUGUCAGCUGAUUGUGCAAGACGCCUCAGCUGUAUCAUCCGCGCUGCCGGGUAAUAGAGCACCGGGAGCAACUUCACCAUCGAGAACGUCAUUAUUUCAGCAAUUUUUGGUGGCACGAAAACAACCAUGGAAGUCACGACCCAAAACGUUUGUGGUGUGCAACGCUCGACAGUGGAUAGCUUUCCGUCGAAAUAUUAAGAAACGAGACCAUAGUGCGUUCGGCUUCCAGGUCGAUGUGUUCGACAGUCACCGCGAGGAAGACGAAACUUUGACUUUUGUGACACGAUCUGACGCUUCGAGGAUGAGAUGGUUCGAGGCUAUGCAAUCCGCGGUCAUUACAACACGAAUAUCGCGCAAUAGCUUUUGUGAUACUGACGAGACUGCCAACGCGAUGCUGGUUGAGCGUGCAACAAAGAAUCGUGGUGGGCCAUAUUUGGUCGCACCCGAUGUUAACCUGCUAAGGCCAAUGAUCUCGGCCUGUUUCUCGCUCAAGUCUGAGGUGCCUGAGGAGAUGCCAUUUUGGGGAGUAUACCAUGGUGACCAGGGCAUCAUCAAGUACGCCUCACUAUUUACCCAGUGCCUGGAUGUUGUGUCCGUCGAAGAGAAAAAUAUUCAGGCCAUCGGUUACUCUGUCAUCGUGGAAUUUGAUGCCACAUUCUGCAAAUCAGAAAACAUUGCAUCUUUUGAUGACUUUGAGCCACCCACAGUCAAUUGUGCUUGCACCGACACGUACUUGAUUAGUGGCAAUCAGAUCAUUGGUUUGACACGCACAAUCGCUGACUCAGAGAAGUUGCUGCAGCUCUUCAGCGACGACGACUGA